AUGGAUCCUAGAGAGUCUUCUUCGUAUUCCAUUGUACCAAGGAUUCGGUACAACACCGUCAGCGGUGUCAAUGGUCCUCUAGUCAUAUUGGAUAACGUCAAAUUCCCGCGCUACAACGAAAUUGUCACCUUAACACUUCCCGAUGGAACAGAGAGAUCCGGUCAAGUCCUUGAAGCCCGAGGCAACCGCGCUGUCGUGCAGGUCUUCGAGGGUACAUCGGGUAUCGACGUCAAGAAGACCAAGGUCGAGUUUACGGGAGAGAGUUUAAAGCUGGGAGUGUCGGAAGAGAUGCUGGGACGUAUCUUCGAUGGAUCCGGUAGAGCUAUCGACAAAGGCCCUAAGGUGUUGGCUGAGGAUUACCUCGACAUUAACGGCAGCCCUAUCAAUCCCUACUCAAGAGUAUACCCCGAAGAAAUGAUAUCGACCGGUAUUUCGACUAUCGACACCAUGAAUUCGAUUGCCCGAGGUCAGAAGAUCCCUAUCUUCUCUGCCGCCGGUCUACCUCACAACGAAAUUGCCGCCCAGAUUUGCCGACAAGCUAGCUUGGUCAAGCAAAAGGGGGCUACUAAUAAGGGUGUGCACGACGACCACGAGGAGAACUUCUCUAUCGUAUUCGCCGCCAUGGGUGUCAACUUAGAAACAGCCCGAUUCUUUACUCAGGACUUCGAACAGAACGGCAGCUUGGAACGUGUUACGCUCUUCCUCAACCUUGCAAACGAUCCUACAAUCGAGCGCAUUAUCACUCCUCGUCUCGCCCUUACGACCGCCGAGUACUAUGCCUACCAACUCGAAAAGCAUGUUCUGGUCAUCCUUACAGACAUUUCGGCCUACUGCGAUGCCCUGCGUGAGGUUUCUGCCGCCCGAGAAGAAGUGCCAGGUCGACGUGGUUUCCCUGGUUACAUGUACACUGAUUUGUCAACCAUCUACGAACGAGCCGGUCGUGUCGAGGGCCGAAAUGGUUCCAUUACCCAGAUUCCUAUUUUAACUAUGCCUAACGACGAUAUUACACACCCUAUCCCUGAUUUGACGGGUUAUAUCACGGAGGGCCAAAUUUUCGUCGAUCGCCAGCUCGACAACCGUGGUGUCUACCCGCCUAUCAACGUGUUGCCAUCCCUCUCUCGUCUCAUGAAAUCCGCCAUUGGUGAGGGAAUGACUCGAAAGGACCAUGGUGAUGUGUCCAACCAACUUUAUGCCAAAUAUGCCAUUGGCCGUGAUGCUGCAGCUAUGAAAGCUGUCGUCGGUGAAGAGGCCUUGUCGGCCGAAGACAAGUUGUCGCUAGAAUUCCUCGAGAAGUUCGAGCGGCAAUUCGUGACACAGGGCGCAUACGAACAACGAAGUAUUUACGACUCUCUAGACAUCGCGUGGAGUCUCCUCCGUAUUUUCCCUAAGGAGUUUCUUAACCGUAUCCCCGGUAAGAUUCUCGACGAAUUUUACACCCGCUCGGCUACGGAUCGAAAGGAAAAGGGGAAGGAGAAGGAGAGAAGUGAUAAGGGUGUUAAGGACACCGACGCACCCCAGGAGGAGGAGAACCUUGUCGACGUAUAA